ACAGCGGGCCUACGAGCAGCUCACAACAGACGGAGCACGGCAAGAGGAGAAAUCGAGCCUUGACAUUGGCCGGAUGGUUAAAUCCAACCUCCAGACGAUCCUGAAUAGCCACUGUUUUGUCAGAGAAAAAGAGAGUAAUAUAUCCAAGAUGCCAGUGAUCGACCUGACCCUUAAUAAAUCCGAGAGUGAAAGUUCCCAUCGCUGUAGUAACCUGUGUCCAGGGCCUCUGUGGUGUUCCGAUGUCCCUCACCCACCCCUGAAGAUCCCAGGUGGGCGAGGGAAUGAUCAAAGGGAUCACAGUCUUUCCGCUAAGCUAUUCUAUUCUGAUGCACAGUUACUAGUUCUUGAGGAAGCCCCCCAGUUGAACAGCCGUGUACGGUUUUUGCUCUUCGAGCGUCGCUGCUCUGUGAGCAAGCGCUUAGUCUGGAGGGGGGCACUGAAGGGGGCAGAUCUUUACAUCGAAAUUCCCCCUGGUGUACUUCCAGAAGGAAGCAAAGACAGUUUUUCACUCUUGCUGGAGUUUGCAGAGGAGAAGCUACAGGUUGAUCACGUUUUCAUCUGCUUCCACAAGAAUCGAGAUGACAGAGCAUCGUUGCUGCGGACAUUCAGUUUCAUGGGCUUUGAGAUUGUGAGACCGGGUCAUCCCCUCGUCCCAACCCGCCCCGACGCUUUCUUCAUGGCUUACAGCAUCGAAAGAGACUCCGAUAGUGACGAUUAAGAUCAAUCACAUCCUUAAUUCUGUUAACUACACCAUCUCACUCAACAUGGUCACCAUUAAAAGAAACAUAGUGCGUAUGAAUGUGUCAGAUUGAGACUUUUGUUAAUUGCUACGUUGUACUUGUAAGGAUUGUGCUGUGUUUUCAGUCGUAUUUGCACUAGUUUAAACCAAAUUUUCAGUGACCAUUAGUCUAUAAACCAUUACCACUGGGUUUGACUCGAGUAAUUUGUUCCUAUGCUGAUUUUCCCGCCUCCCAUUCCCACGCAAUGAUUGUUUUAGGGUAUAAUAUUUAUGGUUAAGAUUCCCCAAGCAACAAUGUAUGUGUAAUUGUGGUUUUCAUUGCUGAUUUCUUUUAUCCUUGUUAAGCCGUUUCAUUUCUUGAUGUGUGCAUGUAUCUUGAAGGUUUUAGUUAUGACUUAGGUUGGAUCUGUCUGCAUGUUUGCUACAGUGUGCAGAAUAAAGUUCUCACCCUACACGG